GAAUGUACACAAACAUGCAGAUGUCAUUUCUUCAGAAUUCUGGUGGGAACCCAUACUCUCCUUGUAACCGACUGUCAAAAUACAGAAAUUUUGGAUGAAUUAUCUCGCCACAGGAAUCUUUGCUUUCGUGCUCAUCGAAUCCGCCCAAAUACAAGUCGGACUAAGUGUAAGAAGUGUUUCUCCGCCGCUAACAUGGAUCUGCUACCAAGUGGAGAGAUCUUCAGCGAGUUGCAAAUGAUUCACGAUACGGGCUAUUUCUCCUGCCAACCCUCCUUGGAAGACACUUGGCAACAGACUUGCAUGGAGAUGGAACGUUACCUCCGCUCAGAAUCCAGCCUGAAGUCGGUGGAGACAUUUCUAGACGACAGUGACAACCCGUGGAAUAAAUUCCUACUGACGUCCAAGGAGGAAGGACUGGGUCUGUCCACUGCUGAGAACAAGGAUGGCCACAUGGAUGAUACCAUGAGUCUUAGUUCAGCGUCUAGUGCAUCCUGGGAUAGCUCAGGAGAACUCUCGCCAACAGGCAGCAUCACCUCUGACCCCUUUAAACUGGAGGUCAAAGGUCAGGGAAAGGCGUCCUGCGCUACGCUAACACCGCCCUCAUCACCAGAACUUGAAAAGCGAUUGUCAUCGCCAGGAACUGUCUCGGUUAAACUUACAACGUCACGAGGAAGAAGUAUUAGUCAGUCUCGGAUUUAUGCCAAAAAAAUUGAACCGCCCCCAGCUGACAGUAAGAGGAGAGUUCACAAAUGCCACUUCACGGGUUGCAGGAAAGUCUACACAAAAAGUUCCCAUCUCAAGGCACACCAGAGAACACACACAGGUGAGAAGCCCUACAAGUGCUCCUGGGAAGGAUGUGAGUGGCGAUUCGCACGCAGCGAUGAGCUGACGCGUCACUACCGCAAACACACGGGGGCCAAACCGUUCAAAUGUAACCACUGUGACAGGUGCUUCUCACGCUCAGACCACCUGGCGCUCCACAUGAAACGACACCUGUGAUCCCAGCUGCCACAGCACCUGUAACGUUCCAGCUAAGACUGGUAGAUUUCUUAGCUGCAUUUGUACACCUUGCAUGAUGCUGACAUCCUAGGAAUGUAUUUAUAUUAUAGGAAGGAGUACUGUGUACACAAGAAAGAUGAGAGCAUUGUAAAUGAAAAGAAGAAAAUUGCAGUGUGUUUUAUUUAAAGAACCCUUGACACCUAAUUAUGUUUUGAAGAAAAGCAUGAUGAGUCCCCCAAUCCCAUGCUCAUGGGAGAACCUGUAGCACAUGUUAGUGAAGUUAGUCGGACUGAGCCUUGGUAAGGACGCUGGAGUUAGAUACAGACAACUGAAAUAACAAUCAUGUCAUCUAUUGAUGAAACAUACUGUAUUAUCCAUGUAACCUAUACUGCUAUAGGUAGACUAAAUUUAUGAAAUAUUUUCUUGGAACCUGUCAGUAAUUUUUAUCCGAUUAAAUAACAACUGUGCAUAUCAAGUCAGUUGAAGUGUACCAAACAGAUGUCAUAUUGACAAUGGUGCUGUACCAUUGCCUAAAGCCUGGCCAAUGGAAUUUCCAAGCUAAGUACUAGUAGUAGUGUGUGAGCUGCAAGUGUCUCCAUCUAAGAUUGGUGCCAAGAUAUGUACACAAGCGAUAGAUGUUGGCUUCAAUUCUGCAAAGCAAGUUGGAUUGGUAUUGAAGGGUGUUGUUAGCUCUAAGGACCAAAGGCCCAUCUGAGGUGACAUUUGCAGUACCUCAAAAUUUUUGAAUAGAAUAAAAUUUUGACAAAAAUGUAGCACUAGCAGCUAUGAAGCACUAAAAUUAAAAAAGUAACUGAAAGUGGCAGCUUUGAUUUUAACACUUAAAAAAAACAUGUACGUAUUUAUAUUAUAUUACUUAUCUAAAAUUUGAAGUACAAAAUCUUCACUAUUGCGUAUGUAUGUAAGUCUUGAAUUUAUAUUUUUGUAUUGUUUUCUAUGUUAUGUGUACUACACGUUUUUACUGUAGCUGUUUGCAGCUAACAUUUUUGAAUGUCACUACAUGAAUGUAUAGAAAUUUUAACAGUGAAGCAGCAUUGAGCCAUGAAGUAUAAACCUCAAAAACAACAGUAGCAGUAUGUUAUGUACCUAUUUGUCAAGAGUGGCGAAAUUCUACAUGUUCAAACUUGUACACCACUGGGACAUACACAUGACUUUAACAUUGUCUAACUAUGAUAUGAAGUUUUUGCACCUUUUGUCAAAUUGGGGGUUUGCCCAAGUCUCACUGCCAUCAUGUUUCAACCAUUGGAUUUGGUUUUGAUACUUUUCUGAACCAAGGUAACAGAUUUUAAGAUGUUGUGUUGUAUCCUCCCUGAACCUGCUUUGUUAGCAUUUGAGUGAACACAAGAGACUUAAAUUUGUUAGUACUAUUUGACUCUGGAGAUGAUUACUGUUUAUGUAGUACCACAUCAUAAGUAUUGAACUAAUGAUAAUUGGAUAUGGCCACGUUAUGUAAAUGUUCCACCUUUUGUUUCAUGGAUUGUGAAUAUAUUAUGAACUGCUGAGAAAUGGAGAGAAAAACCUUCAGUUCUGCUUUUUACUGUUUAUUUUUUCAUGUUGAGCAUUGAUGCCAAAUGUUCCCAUUGGCAGCUACUGUGUGUUCAGUUAUUGUCAUACAUUGUACAAUGUGCACUAAAAGAUAAAAUUAAUAUUAAUUGUACUCUACUGUUUAUGGAGAAGCCUAAAUGUUGUAGUAAGAAAUUCAAGUAUGUACAGCAUUAAGAGAGGUUCUAUGUACAAUAGUUAUUGUGAAAUAAUGAGGAAAUAUGUAAAUUAUGAUGGCCUUAAUCUGUCCUGCAUUAGCUGAGCCCCCACACCAAUGUGAUGCUGUGGAAGCAUGUUAUACUACUUGUACAUGUAGCAUGGUUAUUAGGUAUACCGGACUGCAAACAGAUCUCCAAUGUUGGUUCCAGCUGCAGUACGCAUACUUUUGUCUUUUGAAUACAACAAUAAACAUGCAACACAUGGCA